AUGAUCCGUGUGUGAUGCGUUCGUGAAAAGCCUUUCACAAGGUGCCAGCAACGUAACGUGUGCCAUUUUCAAUCGAGUGAACAAUUUUAUUAUACGUCGUCAAUAUACAUAAGUUCUAGCUUUUAUUUUCGAGGGGGAAAAAAAUGAGGAAUAAUAAACUGAACAGGAUGUUUUCUUGAUUUUUUCUCAUUUAAAUAAAAAUGGACCAGAAAGGGCACCUUAUGAAGGGUCUGAUCUACUUGAACGAACUCUGCGAAAGUGCCAUACUUCCGAAUCGUAAUAACGUGUUACUAUUAUAAUGUUUCGCAAAUUUCUGCUGUUAUUACAAGCGCGUGAAAAGUUGCUAGCUUUUUCAUACGAGCUUGGAAAUUACGCUUGGACGCUUUGCAUGCACUUUGAACCGGAGGUCAGCCAUGUCUAAAGAAGGAACGUCCGCUUUAAGUGAAAACAGUGUAAGUUGAACGAAAGAAGCUGCUUGUCACUAUGCCGCGCAUAUUUCUCUAUCGUUGAAAUUAUGAAAAAUCCUGCCGACACUAUAAACAAACCGUUUAGUAUUAAUUUAAAAAGUUCGUCCUUGUCAGAAGUGUUGCCAUUUAAUAUCUAAUACUUGAAACUUCGCUAUCUAACUUACUAUUUAAAAUUUCACUGUUCAGUAGACUAGAUUUCAGAGACGAUCAUAGAUCUCUUUAUCUUUAUCUUUAUCACGCAUACUUUCGCAUAUUUCUCGUAUUAUUGCUCGACAAAUAUAUUUCCCUACUUGAUAAGCUUUUUCCUACGUUUUGCUAAAUUACGAUUCGGAGGUGGCGGCGAGAGAAAGAAUCCCACCCACGUGAGAAGACUAAUGCACUAAUGCGUGAUUUCACGUUUAGAAAGUGCAAUUGGUUGUCACGGUAGUCGACUACGAUCGUAUCGGCACGUCAGAACCCAUUGGGAAGGUCGUCUUGGGGUACAACGCGAGUGGAACAGAAUUGAGACACUGGUCCGACAUGUUGGCAUCCCCGAGACGUCCUAUCGCUCAAUGGCACACGCUUAAGGACCCCGAAGACGGCGACAAGAAGGACUAA